AUGGAGUGCAGUGUGCACCGUGCGACGACCACCCACACCCCCCAGCCCCUCCUGCCCCCCCCCAUUGCACCCUGCAGCCCAGCUCGCCCCCCUGCCCCCCGCUGCCCCCCACCCCAUUCCCAUUCCCCCCAGACUGGGACCAGCCCUCCCCCCUCAGUGCCCUGCAGUCCCGCCUGUCCUGGGACCCCCAGUCCCCUCCCAGUUCCAGCCCCCCUGGCACCCCCCAGCCCAGCGACCUCUUCUACCCCAGCCCCGGCAUCCCCCAGUCCAGCAGGCCCUACCCCCCCAGUAUCCCCCAGUCCAGCCAGCCUUCUCCCACCAGUGUCCUCCAGUCUAGCCGACCCCUUCCCCCCAGUACCCCCCAGUCCAGCCAGCCCUUUCCCCCCAGUAUCUUCCAGUCAGGCCAGCCUUUUCCACCCACUAUCUUCCAGUCCAGCCACCCUUUUCCGCCCAGUAUCUUCCAGUCCAGCCAGCCCUUUCCCCCCAGUCUCCUCCAGUCCAGCCAGCCCUUUCCCCCCAGCCUCCCCCAGUCCAGCCAGCCCUUCACGUCCUUCAGCUUCCCGUGCAUCCUGCAGUCCAGCCAGCCCUUCUCCUACCGCAGCCCCCCCCGACUCCCCAAAUCCUGCAAACUCUUCCCUCCCAGCGCCCUGUGCCCCCUCUCCCAGUCCAGCCAGCCCUUCCCGGCCUGUGCCCCCCCAUGUCUCCCCCAGUCCAGCCAGCCCUUCCCCUACCGCAGCCCCCCGCGGCUCCCCAAGCCUAGCGACCCCUUCCCCUUCUACCUGCCCCCCUACAGCCCCCUGGGGGUCCCCCAGUCCAGCAGACCCUUCCCCUUCUGCACCCCGCCCUGCAUCGCCAAGGCCACCGAGCUCUUCCCUUGCUACGUGCCCCCCCAGCCCAGCAGACCCUUCCCCACCUACACCCCCCUCCCCAUCCCGCAGUCCAGCAGGCCCUUCCCCUCCUCCGGGACCACCCAUCCCACCCCGCCGUGCACCCCGCAAUCGCCAGACCCCCUCCCUCACCGCCCCCUCCAGCCCACGCGCCGCCGGGGCUCCUUGUCCCCCCGCCUGCACGUCUGGGGGGUUCCCUCCCCGCCCCAAAACCCCGCCACCCCCUGAGCGGGUGCUCCCCCUCCCCAUCCAGCCGCGGGACCACCCCCCUCCCGCCUUUCCCAUGGGGGACGCCCCGACGGCGGAGCUGGACGCGGUGCUGGACGGGGGCGCUUGGGAAGUGGGGGCGACCUUCGAGGGGUCCCCCGCGCCCCCUGCGCCCGUGAGCCUGGGCAGGACCGUCUGCUACGUGGUGCUGGCCGUGCUGUUCAACGAGGAGGGCGCGGUGCUGCUGGUGCAGGAGGCGAAGCCCGAGUGCCGCGGGAGGUGGUACCUGCCCGCGGGCAGGAUGGAGCCCGGGGAGGGGGUCGUGGAGGCCCUGCGGAGGGAGGUGAAGGAGGAGUCGGGGCUGGAGUGCGAGCCCGUCACGCUGCUGGCGCUGGAGGAGCGCGGCCCCGCCUGGAUCCGCUUCGCCUUCCUGGCGCGCUCCGCGGGUGGGACCCUGAAGACCCUCGAGGAGGCGGACGCCGAGUCCCUGCAGGCCCAGUGGUGGUCGGGGGACCCCCGAGCGCUGCCCCUGCGCUCCCUGGACAUCCUGCCCGUGCUGGACCUGGCCGCCCGCUACCGCCGGAGCCCCCCGCACCCCCCGACCCUGCCCCGCCAGCUGCCCUGUGCCCCCCUCUGCCUGCGCCUCCUGCUGCCCUUCACCAGCACCACUGGUGACCUGUGGGUGCUGCUGGGCACCGCUGGGACCCCCCACCUGCCCGUGGUGGCCUGUGGCACGUCCCCCCCCGAGCUGCGUGCGGGGCUGUGCCGGCCCGCGCUGCGCCUGCUGCGGGACUGCCUGCCCUGGGACCCCCCCUGGGACCCCCAGCCGGGGGUCCUGGGGCUGCUGGGGCUGCAGCACCGGGCUGGGGGGGCCGGGGGGGCUGAUGGCAUCUGCUUCAACGUGGUGCUGAGCGCCCCGGGCACCCGCGGGGAUGUGCCCCCCGAGCCGUGUGACCCCGCGCUGCGCUGGUGGCACGUGGAGGACGAGGGGCUGAGGGGCCGCAUCCUGCAGCGGCUCCGGGCCACGGUGCCCAUCCGUAGUUAGUGCCAGGGAAGCCUGGAUUUGGGAAUGGGGCAAGGCAAGGGGGGGUGUCUGAGCGGGACACGCAUCCAGGGGUCCUGCUGAAGGUGGGAGCCCUGGGAUGGAUGUGCUUGUGGAUGCUUUGGGGCAGGUCGUGGUCUGGGGGUGCUGGGACCACAGGUAAAAUAAAUCUGGCUGCUGCUGCUGCUGCUGCUUCCACC